GUGUUCAAUUAAUUGUAAAGGUUACCGAAUUUUCGAAAACCGUUUGCAGCGCCAUUGCGCGGCGCUCGCAAGAAUAUUCCUUGUGACGCAAUAGGAACUCGUCCUUUCCGUUGACCUACCGUGAGUGGAACAUGUCGCAUACGUCUGAACGAAAAAACGAUGAUCAAUGGCAAGAAGAUUCAAAAAAUGACCCUAGUGAAAGUGAACAAGUACCAUACGAUGGCCCCUCUGGAAUGGAUCCCAAUGGGAUCAUUGUCACCAACUGGGAUCAUGUCGUCGAUAAUUUCGACGAAAUGAGCCUGAAAGAAGAGUUGCUGCGUGGUAUUUAUGCAUAUGGUUUCGAGAAACCUUCUGCAAUCCAGCAACGAGCUAUUAUUCCGUGCAUAAGGGGACACGAUGUGAUUGCGCAGGCACAAUCAGGAACUGGAAAGACUGCUACAUUUUCCAUCUCCAUUCUACAACAAAUUAACACCUCCAUCAAGGAAUGUCAGGCCUUGAUCCUAGCACCGACUCGUGAGCUUGCUCAACAAAUUCAAAAGGUUGUUAUUGCUUUGGGAGAUUUUAUGCACACGGAAUGCCAUGCAUGUAUUGGCGGUACCAACGUGCGCGAAGACAUGCGGAAAUUGGAUCAAGGUGUUCACAUAGUGGUUGGUACACCUGGUAGAGUCUACGAUAUGAUCAGCCGGCGAGCAUUGCGCGCCAAUAGUAUCAAACUGUUUGUUCUGGACGAAGCUGACGAAAUGCUCUCUCGUGGUUUCAAAGAUCAAAUUUACGAUGUAUUCAAGUUAUUACCACAUGAAGUACAGGUCAUAUUGUUGUCCGCUACAAUGCCGCAAGAUGUGUUGGAUGUGUCGAAAUGCUUCAUGAGAAGUCCCAUUCGUAUUCUGGUUAAGAAAGAAGAGCUCACGUUGGAGGGUAUCAAACAAUUCUUUAUUUACGUCGAACGCGAGGACUGGAAAUUUGACACUCUUUGCGACCUUUACGAUACGCUGAGUAUCACGCAGGCGGUCAUUUUCUGCAAUACGCGACGCAAAGUCGAUUGGCUAACGGAUAGUAUGCGAUACCGUGAUUUUACUGUAUCCGCCAUGCAUGGAGAUAUGGAACAGAAAGAACGAGAUUUGAUCAUGAGACAAUUUCGAACCGGAUCGUCGCGCGUCCUCAUAACUACCGACCUUUUGGCCCGUGGUAUCGACGUUCAACAGGUUUCUCUCGUCAUCAACUACGAUUUACCUUCCAAUCGUGAAAAUUACAUUCACAGAAUCGGUCGAGGUGGUCGUUUCGGUCGCAAAGGAGUAGCGAUCAAUUUCGUAACGGAGGACGACAAACGGGCUCUGAAAGAUAUCGAAGUUUUCUACAACACUAGCAUCGAAGAAAUGCCAUUGAACGUCGCGGAUUUGAUUUAAAUCUGAUCCCGAUUACUGGCUAAUAACAAAAAUUUCAUUAUAAUUACACACACACAACAACACAACAAAAAAAGAUUUAAAAAAUAAUAAAAAUAAAAGUAAGUGAAAUUACUACAAAAUCGGAGCUCUCAGCUGAUCUCUCAUGGUGUGCAAGUAUAUAUAGAGUGGAGUCGGUGAACUAUAAUCGCUUAUGUAAAACGCGAUUAUACCAAAAUAAUUCCAAACGUUUCUCUUCAUCUACAGUUUUCAUUUUAUAACCGUAGAAUUUACAAGGAAUAUAUAUAGUUAAUCGCUAACUCUAGAAAAGAAAAGGAAAAGAAAAUUAGUAAUAUUAAUAAUUAUACGGAUUACUUACUAUACCGCUAUUUCUACCACCGUGUUGCUCUUUACUAUAGUUCUUUCUAUACUCUUACACUUCUUUCUCUCUCGUUCUAUAUUUAUUAUCUCCCCCCUCCCUCCCUCCGCGGUAAUAAUAUUUCUAUUAUUUAAAAAGCUAUCGGUAAACCCUGUUAUAACUAUAAAUACUGGAAAAUUGUUGCAAUUAUUGGUACGGAUUUAGUAGUUGAUAAUAUUACAACAAUUGUUGCUAUUGUUAACGCAAAAGCAACGGAAAAGAAAAAUAAUAAGCUGUUUAAUUCGUUUUGUCCUAAGUCGGGUGAUUUUUAUAAUAUUAUUCUAGAAUGGAAGCUAAGUGUCGAAAUUUUAUUAUGAGUUUGGAGUCGUUUAUAUUUGAUCAUUUUAUUUCACCUUGUUUGAUACGAGCGUUUUCGAAUUGGAUGAUUUAUUCUGUAUGCCGUGGACCCUGUUCGACGGUUCUGCCACCCCGGUUGCAACGCGUUUGCCUAGGAAAAUGUUUAGUCGGAUAUUGGAAGGGGUACUUUAAUCACAAGCGUUGCAGAAGGAGAUGUACAUUCGAACUUACACGAUACGAAUUUUUGUAUAUCCCAGAAUCCCAAGUACAUACCUCCGUUAAGAAAUA